UAAUUAACUAUAUUCUAAAAUAUAAGUUUUUUUAUUUUCAAUGAAAUAUGUAUUUUUAUGUUUAUUGACCUUUUAUAUUGAUUUAUUAUUAAAAGGCUAAAUCUGUAAGAUACAAUAAUGUCUAUUUUAGCAUUCACUCAACUUUGUCCAAAUUAAAUUUAUAGAAGUCAUUUAUAAGUUCAAAUAAAUUACAGAAUUUCGAUUUAAAUUGAAUAAUAUAAAUCAGAUCAAUGUCAAAUUAGCAAUUUAUUCAGUAUUGAAACUCGUAAGCCAAAGUUCAAUUUUCCAAAAAUCAGUCACAGAUAACAAUAAAUGCUAAAACAGACACUACUGUAUAUAGAUAUAAAUGGUUGUUAUAGCGACAAUUUUCCAAACAUUCAAUACAGGAAAAAACUACUUGUAUCAAACUAAAAUAUAUAUAAAAUAUGCAAUCACUAAAAAUAAUAGUUAUUGGAUCUCUUAGGAGUGGUAAAACAACAAUAUCUAAUUUUCUUGCGGAUGCUACAGAAAUACCCUAUGAUUAUUAUCCAACUAAAGGAGUACGAAUACUAGAAUUUGAAGUGCAAAAUAUAAAUGUGAAUAACAGUCAUAUCACAAAAGAUAUUGAAUUAUGGGAUUGUAGUGGAGAUCAUAAAUAUGAAUAUUGUUGGCCAGCUAUAAGAAAGGAUGUGCAUGGUAUUAUGUUGAUUUAUAGUGAACAAUCAAAUGAAUGUUUAAAAGAAAUUCAACAAUUAUAUGAUUAUUUUAUUGAUCAAACUAAAUUAGAUCCAGACAGAUGUGUAAUUUUUUGUUACGAUCCUGAGAACAAAAAUCCUGAGGUUUCAAAAAUUAUUUCUUCAACAUUUAUGAAAAUAUCUCAUGUUAAAUGCAAUAUCGAAAAUGGUGGAAGUAAAUUAAAAGCUGAUUUUUCAUCAUUCAUAAGUACAAUACUUAACAAAAUACAUAAUUAUAAAAAUCAAAAAGAUAUAAAUAUAUUGUAAAAAUAUAUUAUAUAAAUAUAUAAAUAUCAAACAU